CCGCUCUGUGGCUGUUGCUGUUAUGACAACGAAGUUUAAAGCUUCAGAGGAGUGGUAACGAUGAGGAAGAAAAAGGUUAACAAAAACCAGCAGAAGGUUCUACGAUGUACAGUGUACCUGGAUAUCCAGAGAGUGACCUGCCCAGGAGUCCUCCUGCACAAAAAUAAUGACGUUUACCUCCGCGUGCGUAUAAUGGGACUGUACAAGAGCACUCCGUGUUUGGCACCUCUUUUCCCUUUACUGUUUCACCACAGAAUGGUUUUUGUCAAGACCUUCUCUGGCGUUGUCGACCCCGCUGAUGUAACUGACCUCCUCAAAGCUGACACAACACUUUUUGAGCUGAUUCAGUUGGUCCCUCCAGAGGGGGAGACUCUUGCCACGAUGGAAGAAUGCAGCAGAGAUUUUCUGUACCCUGGUCCCAGACCAGUUGGCAGCGAAGGAGCUGCAGAAAGAAGCGCACUGAUGAAAAGAUCUCCAUUGUUUCUUGGAAUCUCCCCUAAAGUGGAGUUUGCAACGGCGUCAGUCAUAGAGGAGAGUAAUGGGAGAGACAGCUGGGCUCCAUCACCUGCCUGUCGUCUUUCUCCGGUGAGACCAUCUUUAACCCUGUUUCAGCAAAAAUCCACAACGAAGUUUUCCCCAUUCAGGAAAACAGAUGAUGAUGUUUCUGAUAGUGUUGUGGGGAAAGAGGGGAAGGAAAGGAUGAAUGUCAAGGCCCUGGUCACAAACUGGGUUCAAACGACAGCGUCUAGACGUCCUCCUUAUGCAUCCCCGUCUGACCGCAGUCCUCAAAGAAACAAGAGUCACGGUGACACUAGAGCUUCUGUGAACGCCGGGUACCAACGGCCCACUGUUGCCUCCAGGUCAAGAGCCCUGUCCCCCUACACCCACCGCAAGAUGUGCCAGCUGUCCGAGGUCACCAGGCAGCGGCUCAGCCAUCUACAGCUAGGGCCUCACCACUUUCGGAAGGAGACGGAGAGCCAGUCACCCUUUUUGGUCCCUCGUCGCUUUAACACCUCUGGGAUGGGAACACCCUCCUCCUCCUCCUCGCCACUAAACAACAGCAUGCAUCAGCGCUCUGUCAGUUUCUCAGCUGGUCACACAGGUAGACCUCAGAGACUUACAAAAAUUCUUCGCUCAUUGGAAGGAACAGACAGGGAGCAAAGCAGGUUGAAACUGUCAGAAUCUUUUUUUUUUUUUUACCUUUUCCAGAUAGAAUCAGCUUCAGUGAGAGUUCAGGCGUCUCCAGAGAUAAGAUCCCAACAACAACCCCAGAUCAAAAGCCCAGUGAGGGGGUCUGCAUCAGUUCGCUCCAGCCUGGCCAGGACAGAAUCAGGACAGCUUCUGAAUGUCAGCAGCUGCUCCCUUAGAGACAGACUGCAGCCUGGUCCGUCCUACUGGGAGCAGAUCCAUAGCCGGGUCCAGAAGAUUCUGCAGACACACAAAACCAGCUGGGACCCCAGAAGGAGCUGCGACUUUUAAUUCACUGCAUGAGCGUUUUUACUCCCUUAAUACAUAAUUGUUUAUUAAGACAUCAAUUGUUUUCCCAAUAAGGUCUCUUGGGCUAAAAAGUAUUAAUUCUUAAUUGCACCUUUUUAAUAGAAAUCAAACCAUCUCUCAAAUGUUCCUUUUAUUCCAGUUCAUGUUUUAAACAUCUGGAGAACACAAAGGCCAUUUCUUUUUCCUCCCACCCAUUCUCUGUUCUCUAAUGGCUGUGCAAACCAAAUAGAGCUGUUUUUUUUUUCUGUUUUUGCUGAAGGCAUUUACUAAACUGGCUCGGGUAUACAGAAGCACCGCUUUGCAUGUGUGGGAAGGAGACGUGGAGGAUGUAAGCUGCAGCUGUUGAGGGCUCGCCUCGUAACACAAAAGAGGCAUGACGAUAGCCAAGAGCUACUGCUGGGAGCCCUGAGCUAAAGACUGAAGAGAUUUAAACGAGAAAAAAAAAGGAACAAAAGUAAUCCUGAAUUAAAAGAGCAGAUGACACAAAGACUCAGACGCCACUGAAAUAAAAACAUUCAUCUUUAUAAGUGUUACAUGAAUGGAUGGCGUGUAGUUCUCCUGUUCAGGUGUUUAUCGCAGCUAAUCAUGAUGUGACCUCUCUUCACUUUAACACCGAAUUAAACCCGAUUUACAUAAAGCGACAAAAAUAAUGGAACAUCUGGACCAACAGCAGUACCGGUAAUAAUAGUUUGACUGCUGCACAGAUUCCUGUAUUACUUAGGUCACAAAAUUAAAAGGUCUUAAAAUAAAAACUCCAGUCAAUCUGAGAACACUUUUUUUUUUCUCUUUUAUUCUGCAGCUCAGUGACCAUUAUAUUCAAAUAGAAUCGAUACUUUUAAGUUUCAUUUUAAUCACCAGAAUCUUUUUAGGCAAAAUUAUUUAGAUUUUAGGUAUACAUUUUGAAAUGUCUUAUGUUUUAAAAAAUGAACCCAGGUGACAAAAUGAAGGCCUAUUUAUUGAUGACUGUACAGAGUUAUGGAAUCAUCUCGUCUUCAAAGAUCAGGAGCCACAGCGGCUUAGUGCCUCGCCGUCGAUACGUUCAUCGUCCUCUUCAACGAGGGACCUCAUGAUGAAGGACUGAAUAUCAGCGUCUAUGAUGGAGGUUCACCACAUCCUCACUUCUUAUGGAAUUUCUUCUUCUUGUUCCUCUUCCCAGCUGUUAGUGCUGCUUUCUCCGCAAUAAUUUGCUGGUACUUCUUUUUGUUUUUUCUGGAAAGAGAAAAUACAUUUUUAUUUUUGUUUAUUUGAAUCCAAGUCUGAACAGCAAUAAAAUGUCACUUUAUAUUCA